AUGUUGGACGGCAUAAAGUUGGAGGAUCGGCCGCUGCGCUCUGGGUCUGGCCCGGCUACACUGCAGGGCGUCAUGCUGGGAACCGACUGUCAACACCCUGCCGUGUGUGAGGGAUGCACGCGACCCAUAGCCGACCGGUUUCUCAUGCGCGUCAACGACUCGUCGUGGCACGAGGAGUGUCUACAGUGCACCGUGUGUCGGCGGCCCCUCAGCACGAGCUGCUAUUACCGGGAGAGGAAGCUCUACUGUAAACACGACUACACACAGUUAUUCGGUACCAAGUGUGCGGGCUGCCUUGAGCAGAUCUCUCCUGCGGAGUUUGUGAUGCGUGCGCUGGAGAGUGUGUACCACCUGGGCUGCUUCUGCUGCUGUGUGUGUGAGCGAGCGCUGAGGAAAGGAGACGAGUUCGUGCUCAAGGACGGGCAGCUGCUCUGCAAGAGAGACUACGAGCGGGAGAAGGACCUGUUAGCAUCCGCUAGCCCUGAGCAGUCAGACUCAGAUAAGAGUGAUGACGAGGAUCUGGAUGUGAAGGUUGAGAAGGGUUCUGUGGGCGGAGCCAACAGCAAGGAGCAUGAUGGGAAGGAUCCUCGGAGGCCGAAGCGGCCGCGCACCAUCCUGACUACGCAGCAGAGACGAGCUUUUAAAGCCUCAUUUGAGGUCUCAUCCAAACCAUGCAGAAAGGUCAGAGAGACUUUGGCUGCUGAGACGGGCCUGAGUGUUCGGGUCGUACAAGUUUGGUUCCAGAACCAGAGAGCAAAGAUGAAGAAGUUAGCGAGGCGGCAGCAACAGCAGCAGGAGCAACAGAACUCCCAGAGACUUGGACAAGAAGUGAUGUCAUCGCGCAUGGAGAGCAUGAUUGGUUCCUACACCCCCCUGGCCGCCUCCCAGCAACAGCUGGUUUCCAUGGAGACCAACGGCUACAGCACCGACGCCUUCCAGCAGGGACUCACCCCCCCACAGAUGCCUGGAGAUCACAUGAACCCCUAUGGUGAUCCCCUGUUCCAUGAUAUCGACAGUGACACCUCCUUGACGUCCCUGAGUGACUGCUUCAUGGCCUCGUCUGAGCUGGGGCCCCUGCAGGCUCGCGUGGGAAACCCCAUCGACCGCCUCUACUCCAUGCAGAGCUCCUACUUCGCCUCGUGA